GUGUACAAUGUCCUGAAGAUUUCAGACCUACAGCACCAGGAAAAAGCCCAGGUGCCGGUCACUCCUUUGUGACUAACACAGAAAAAACCUCACAAAACAAGGUAACACAAAAUCCUAACAUGUGGAAUAGCUUAGCGGCAUCAGAAGAUGAUUUUAGACGCACUACACCAGGCCGCAGCCCAGGUGCUGGACAUGCUGAAGAAGAAAAGAGAGACACAAACCUAAAAACCAAAGAAAUGCAAAACUUUCUUCCCUCGCCACAAACUCCUAUCUCAUUUUUCUUUGAUCCAGCACUGAUAUCUACCAAUGAUUUCCAACCUACAGCCCCUGGCAGCAGUCCAGGUGCUAGACAUUCUGACACAGAUAGUUUCCAACCCACCACACCCGCGAACAAUCCUGAAGCAGGUCAUUCUUUAACAAGCAAUUCAGACAACAUUAUAUCAGAACAAGGCGACCACCCUAGCGUAGCACAUCCUCAUGCAGAAGGCACGGAUGAGUACCGGCCUACUAAGCCUGGUCACAGUCCCGGUGCUGGCCAUGCUGUUUCAAAUAAGCGAGAGCCAAACUCGUAAAACAUCAUGUAUCAUA